UUUACCUUUUUAGCGUAUUUGGUAGAAACUCACUGAAAAGUUUAAACGGCCGUGAAUUACGGACAAGAAGGCAAAAACAGCAGCAAACUAAUUACAUACCUGUAUAGUUGGACUGUACGUUGAAUUUCCUACUCACUUGCUGAGCUUUCAAAAAAUGACGUCGUUCCCUCCAUUUUCUCCCUUCUUCACUCUAAUUGGUGGAGCUUGCCCGAGGUCAAAGUUUUACUUCCGCGUGUUGCUGCUAACAUGGCGGAUAAAGACAAGAAGAAGAAGGAGAGUAUAUUUGACUUGUCAAAAUACAUUGACAAGCCUAUUCGGGUUAAGUUUCAAGGAGGACGAGAAGCAAGCGGUGUUCUGAAAGGCUUUGACCCAUUACUGAACUUGGUGUUGGACGGUACCAUCGAGUAUAUGCGAGAUCCUGAUGACCAGCUGAAGCUGACAGAAGACACCAGGCAGCUGGGGCUGGUGGUCUGCAGAGGCACGUCGGUGGUGCUCAUCUGUCCCCAGGACGGCAUGGAGGCCAUUCCCAAUCCUUUCAUACAGCAGCAGGAUGGCUAACAUCCACUUUGUAUACACACGUACGUGCGCAUGUCUGGAUAUUUUGUAAGGAUUUUUUUUUUGUUUUCUCUUUUAAAAUCACAGUAGCUCCAAUGCCUACACAAUAAUGUUUUUUUUGUUUAAAAUAUACACACACUCAGUUAAAGAACUUGGGAGUACUUCGCUUUGAAGUGCAAUUUUUACGUUGAGGCUUGGGAAGUGUUGUCAGGAAUGUUUUCCCUUUUCCUUGUUUUUGAUAAGAAAUAAAACUAUUUUGAGUUUUGUA